UCGGCUCGCAGAAGGGGCAUGUGCAGCUAACGGUCCGGUCUUGCUCGGCUUUCCUCGGUCCCGCCGCCUGGGAGGUGCGCCCCAGCCAUGCAGUGUCCAGGGAAACGGCGGGCAUGACGGCGACAGGAUGGGCGCGAACAAUGGCAAACAGUACGGCAGUGAGGGCAAAGGCAGCUCAAGCGUCUCAUCCGACGUGAGCUCGAGCACAGAUCACACACCAACCAAAGCCCAGAGGAAUGUGGCCACCAGUGAAGAUUCUGACUUGAGCAUGCGUACACUGAGCACGCCCAGCCCAGCCUUGAUAUGUCCACCGACUUUGCCAGGAUUUCAGAAUGGAAAGGGCUCGUCCACAUCUUCAUCCUCCAUCACCGGAGAGACGGUGGCUAUGGUUCACUCCCCACCCCCGACCCGCCUCACUCACCCACUCAUUCGACUCGCCUCCAGACCCCAGAAAGAACAAGCCAGCAUAGACCGACUCCCAGACCACUCCAUGGUGCAGAUCUUCUCCUUCCUGCCCACCAACCAGCUGUGCCGCUGUGCACGAGUGUGCCGCCGCUGGUACAACCUGGCCUGGGACCCGCGCCUCUGGAGGACUAUCCGCCUCACGGGCGAGACCAUCAAUGUGGACCGUGCCCUGAAAGUGCUGACCCGCAGGCUUUGCCAGGACACCCCCAAUGUGUGCCUCAUGCUGGAGACUGUGAUUGUCAGUGGCUGCCGGAGGCUCACAGACCGAGGACUUUACACCAUUGCUCAGUGCUGUCCAGAACUGAGGCGCCUGGAAGUCUCAGGAUGUUACAAUAUCUCCAACGAGGCCGUCUUUGAUGUGGUGUCCCUCUGCCCCAACCUGGAACACCUGGAUGUGUCAGGGUGCUCCAAAGUUACCUGCAUCAGCUUGACCCGGGAGGCCUCCAUUAAACUGUCCCCCUUGCAUGGCAAACAGAUUUCCAUCAGAUACCUUGAUAUGACGGACUGCUUCGUGCUGGAGGAUGAAGGCUUGCACACCAUCGCAGCUCACUGCACGCAGCUCACACACCUGUAUCUGCGCCGCUGCGUCCGCCUCACUGAUGAGGGCCUCCGCUACCUGGUGAUCUACUGCACUUCCAUCAAGGAGCUGAGUGUCAGUGACUGCCGCUUUGUCAGCGACUUUGGCCUACGGGAGAUUGCUAAACUGGAGUCCCGCUUGAGGUACCUCAGCAUCGCCCACUGCGGCCGCAUCACGGAUGUGGGCAUUCGUUACGUGGCUAAAUACUGCAGCAAAUUACGCUACCUCAACGCGAGGGGCUGCGAGGGCAUCACGGACCAUGGCGUGGAGUACCUUGCCAAGAACUGCACAAAACUUAAGUCUCUGGACAUUGGCAAAUGUCCUCUGGUCUCCGACACGGGCCUGGAAUCCCUGGCUUUGAACUGCUUCAAUCUCAAGAGGCUAAGCCUCAAGUCCUGCGAGAGCAUCACUGGCCAGGGCCUGCAGAUCGUGGCUGCCAACUGCUUUGACCUGCAGAUGCUGAAUGUCCAGGACUGUGAGGUUUCCGUGGAGGCGCUGCGGUUUGUGAAGCGCCACUGCAAACGCUGUGUCAUUGAGCAUACCAACCCUGCUUUCUUCUGAAGGGACAGCUCCCGCUGGGCGUGUUUUCACAGCCAUGGGAUCCAAACAGUGUUUUUAUAAAAGCAGCCCAUGUAAGCAUCCGCACCCACUCACCACCAGCAUUGUCUCGCAGGAAGGUUCUUAGGAGGCUGGCUUUAUUUUUAUUUUUAUUUCUUAUGAACAAAAGAUGUCCACGAAACGAAGGGGGGUAGGAGCCAAAUUUCUACCAUGGUAAACUGGUUCUGGUCAGUUCAUUUUUAGACAUAUCCUCUGACAAAGGAUGCACCUCAGCAGGCUGGUCACUGUGUCUCUAGAAAUGCACCUUACCCCGUUUUGCCUUUCCCCUCCUAUACACAAGCUACACCCCUUCCAACCUGGUAGCAGUUGUAGCAUAAAGCAUUUGAAGAAAGUUCUCUAAAGCUGCUCCUUAAACUAUUUGAGGGGCAUAAGCCCCACACCUAAAUCUCACACCAAGCCAAUUGUGGUUAAAGUAAUGUCAACACUUCGUGUGUGCAAAGAGCUUUCCUAUGCUGAUACAUUACAGCAAAUCACAUGGAGUAUGAAAAGAUAUGUUUUCUCUCCCAGCUCUGCCACUAACUAGCUGUGUGACCUUGGUGCAAGCACCUCAGCUUUCUGGGCAUCAGCUUCCCACUACCAGAGGCCAUGAGUAGGGGAUUAGCCUCGUGACUAUUUUAGAACUGAGAAGACAAAGAUGCCAAUAAGUGCACGAGCUUUGCAUAAAGAACACAGGCAGCACAUCCAAGAGAACUGAGGAUGAGCUGUGCUUUCAGAAGUUUCCAUGGGGUCCCUGUCCGUGCACACAGGGUCCUGCUUGGCUGUCUCUUUGCUCUCAUCUGAGACCCAGCACAACUCUGUUUAGUGGGCUAGGUUUGGUACAUCUGCCAUGUUGGGCGUUUAGACUUACAUUCCCAAGUGCAAGGGCACUCCCUCACCCCAGCACAUCCUCCCCAGGCAGGAGAGUGCGUCAUCACAGAAAGCCCCUAUCUCCCCAUCAGCUUGUAUCCUCUGAGCAAUUUCAAAUCCAAGUAAAGACCCUUAUAAUUUUUAAUUAACAAGUGAAGCCCAAGGGAAGCUAUGUCCUUAAAGGUUUCUCUAAUCUUUCUCAGUGCACAUACGCUCUGCUUCAGGAACAUCUGUCCUGUAAGCCAGCAGGGACAGAUGCCUUGGCCCUUUGUCAUUCACAUAUCACUUUGACUUCUCUCAUCUAUUUAUUUCUUCAUCACAUGAAACCUACUGGGGAUAAGUUUAUAAGUGUUUAAUUGUACACACGCCCCCUUCCCUGCUGUCUACGUGUUUUUCACUAAAGAAUGUAAAACAGACCUCCAGGUGUUCCGAUAUUGUUCACUCAAAAGUGUCAGGCACACAGAAGAGGGAACACACGGAUAAGACAGAUGCUGGUCCACCCACCAAGGUCUUGGAACAGAACAUAAAACCAUUUUAAAAUUUGAAUUUUAAGUUGAUGGACUUUUAAGUGGUCCCUUCUGAAUAGAAACCACUUUGCUAGUUUCAUUGUUAAAGAAUCAGAUAGCCAGAAGAAAUUUUGUUGCUUGCUUUCUUGAAGUUCUCUUUUUAGUAAACCCAGGACUUUUCCCAAAUUAUUCAUUCUCUGGCCUCAUUCCUUCCCCAUCACUGUUGCAACAGUUCAGCCAUCUUCUUCUCAAAGUGUGUAUCCUCUAGGCCCAGAGCCUUUGCUUCUCCAAGCCGAGCAUGCUACAUUUGUUACAGACCAGGCUUAUACACUCCCCGACAACUGCACUCCCACUGUAGGCUCCGGUGUGUACUAUUGUCUUGUCUUGGGAAGAAGUUAAGUGAUAAGCCAGCAACUCUUUGGGAGGUUUCUGUCAUUUAUCCUGUGAAUUCCAGCUUCCUGUUCAGUUUGCAGUGUCGUCAGUAAAGAUGGGUGACUGGGAUUAUGUUAUAGGGAAAGUGAAAGUAUUGGCUGUGGACAGGCUCUAGUGACAGCCACUGGGUUUAGAAUUGUAAAAGAAAUUGAAAAUAGCAGCCCUCUGCUCUCUGACUUGGGGCUUUACCUAAAUUGUGAAGUGGAGAGUCACACUGGGCUGUCUAUAGCCUUUGACACUGGGGCAUGCCAAAUGAUCUGCUUUAAUACUCCCAGAGUGAUUAGGGGAUCCAGAGUGGUUCCCUAGGUCAUGUUUAAUAAUUCUAUCAGCAUCCUAAUGAGUGCAUCACCUGAACUGUCUUUCAUGUGAGACCUAGUGAACAUUUCACACUUGCUGGCUGUCCAGCCCAUAUGUCUUUCCCAUUUUCUCCCUUUCCCAUCCUCUUCAUGCAUUCUGCUCUCUAUCAGGGUAGGGUAUGGAUCUGUGACAGAGGUUCCUGGGAACAACUCAGCAGAUUUUUUUGAGACCAAGCAAAUGGCCUUGUUAAGAAAUUUAUCUGUUUUAAAAACACAGCUACCUUCCUGGCUCUGCUAAAUUAAAUGUUCAUUUGUUGUUUGUUUGCUUCUUUCUCUCUAAUUCUGAUGUUCAAAUCACUGUGUGCUGUAUGACUCUAGAAAGCCUUAAUUUACUUCCACCAAGAAAUAAAGC